UUUUAUUGUGUAUGCACUGUUAGAAUUCCGGUAUAGUCAGGCAGGUAUUUAUUUCCCGAUAUUAAAGUUGCUCCAGCCUGGUAUUAAAAUUAUACCGGUCAGUAAAAAUUUCCUACGGAAUAUGGUAAAUAUUUAAUACCGCGAGCUAAAUAUUUGUUACUUGCCAGCACUUGAUAUUAUUUUAAUAUUUGAUUUCUAAAAAUGUAUUUAGAAAUUUAAUUAAAUAAAAUCCUUAAUUUCAUCCUCAAUAAAAAAUUUGUACGUAUUUAUUUAAAAUAUUUUUAAAUCCAUGCCUUCCGCCACACCUUGGGGCCAACUUCCAAUCUUGGAAGUUGAUGGAAAACAGCUUACACAGAGCUCCUCAAUUUCGCGAUUUCUCGGCCGUACGUUCAACCUUUGUGGCGAAAAUGCUUGGGAGUCGGCAAAAUGCGACGAAUAUGUUGAUGCGACUAACGAUUUGAUUAAUGAGUGGGUUGGAUUUCGAUUUAACGAGACGGACGAAGCCAGGAAAGCUGAGCGUAAAGCCAAAUUCAUCGCGGAACUGAUGCCAAAUUGUUUACAGAAGUUGGAGUCGAUCAAGGAGAAAAAUGAUGGAGAUUAUUUAGUCGGUAAGAAGCUGACUUGGGCGGAUAUCGAUGUGGCCGAUAAGCUCCAAACACUCGAGGACGACAUUAAUCCCACCGUUUUGGAAGGAUAUCCUAACUUACAGAAAUUCAAGAACGCUGUAUUUUCUUUGCCUAGGAUCGCAGCUUAUGUUGAAAAGUCAGGAUAUACGUAUAAAGGUUUGGACAAUUGUUUGGGAAAAGCAUAAUGGUGCGGUGCUUUCUUAUCGAGUAUCGUUACGUAUGUACACUGAUUGAUUGAUAAUAUUCUUGUGUCAUUAUGUUGAUAUGUACAUAUGUAAAUGUAUGCAACUCACGAAUUGCUAUAAUUUACCAAAUGGCCUUAUAUGUAUACUGGUUGCUGGAAAAUAAUAAAAUUCUUCGAAGAAUUACCUACAA